AGGUUCGUGUGAAGAAGCCUUCAGUAUUUCUGGAUUCAGAUUCCGUUCAAUUUUGCUCGAGAUGCAAAGAAUACUUAUCAGUAGGACCAGUCACCAUUUUGGCAGAUAAACCCUUGUGCGGAAGAUGCCCAGAUCCCAAAGCAGUUCCUGCAGACUUCUACAACAAACUGGCGCAGUAUAUGUAUUUCCCUUGUAUAAACAAUCAAUUUGGAUGUAAUGCAAUGCUAGCCUGGGGAUCAGCUGAGGCUCAUGAGAAAAUCUGUAAGUUUGUUUCAGUUGUAUGCCCAGCUCUGACUUGUCAGAAGAAAGUUAUAAAAGAAGAUAUUGUGGAUCAUUUCAAAAAUGACCAUGAAGAACUACUGGUUGCUAGAGGAGAGUUUGAAGCUCCUUCUGGUUACCGAGAGAAGAACAGUCUUGUGAACAAAUUGAUGGUAUGGGGAAAUCAGGUCUUCAUCUUGAAGAUAAACUUUUCGUCAGCCUCAUGUUUCUUUAGUGUAUCAAACUGGGAUUAUCUGAACACUAGAAAAUUGAAAUACAACAUUCUGCUAGAGGAUGCAGACAGGCGACGGAAUAUGCAGAUGAGAGAUCUCCCUGUUGUGGAUUACAAAACGAAAAGACAUGAAAACAGUGUCAUGACCGAAUUAGAUAUAACUACUUUAAAGAAGGUGUUGAAUACAAAAACAUUACUUUGCACAGUCAAAAUAGGACAAGAAUCUGGAAAUAUUAACGAAAACCUCCUGUCUGAACUAGAAUGUCCCGUUUGCUUGGAGUACAUGAGACCACCUAUUUUCAUGUGCGCUGUUGGUCACAGCAUCUGCAGUUCUUGUAAAAUCAAAGUGAAAAAAUGUCCCAUGUGUCAGAUUCCCCUCAACAGUAACAGGAAUUUCGCACUGGAGAAAGUGACGGAACACAUUUUCUUUCCAUGUAAGAACAGAAAUCGAGGUUGUUGUUUUGCUGGGCCGUUAAUGAAAGUUUCUCUUCACGAAAGCAUAUGUUUCGUUGGAGCAAUUAACAGAACAAAAUGCUACAUGAACCACGUUUGCGGAUGGAAAGGGCCUAUUUCGGAGAUGACUUCCCAUUUGAUCAAUAAGCAUCCUAACUUCUACUUUGAUUUACAUUAUUCUGUUGUUUUCACCAUGGACGAUUUCAGUUUCUUGAAAGUUUAUACCGAGUACAAUGGACAGAUCUUCAAACUCUAUAUAUCCCAGAAGUUAGGUUAUGGUAUUCAGUUCGGUGUGAAACUCAUAAAAAAUAAUUCACUGAAAGAUAGAAAAUAUCAGUUCCAUAUUGACUUCGAAGACCUGGAAGGAAAUAAUAAACUUCUUAGAGUUACUGGUGAUUGUACGGUUUCGAAAUUCAAUGACGAUAAUUUCAAUUUAAGUAACUCCAUUGUUAUACACAAGCAGUUGGUUAGACCGUUCGUUAAAGAUAAUGUUGUUGAAUUCCGAAUAAACUUGGUAGAAUGCUGAAUUGGAAUUCAAGGGAUGAGGGGGAUAAGGAGGACCAGUGUGGAAAAAUCGAAAACGUAGGAGAUACGGAAUGGGCUAGAUCAGAGGUUCUCAAACUUUUCAACCUGAGCCCCCCUUCGUGGCCUAACCUAAAUUCGCGCCCCCUUUAUAAUGUACAUAUCGGCCUACUUUUAAUACUUCUUGCUUUUAUACUUUUAUAUGCCUAAAAAUACAAAGCACAGUGGUACACAAUACAUACUAUGGCAAUACAAAGUAUUUCCUCAAGCUCA